UUAGCGUGGUCGCCAAAGCUAGAGAGCCUCUCUUCGCCAACUCCCUCCGGUACCAAUUCCAUUCUCUUCCAAAACCCUAACCCUGCGAAAAAACCCUAAUCAAGAUGAGCAUCUACUCCGCUUUCACGGCGGCGAUCGAUUCAUACCUCGGUCUAUCUCCGACGCAGUUGGGUGACGUCACGCUUGAGGAGCUCAAGGUCUUUGAUGGGUCCGACCCUAAGAAGCCGCUGCUGAUGGCGAUCAAGGGGAACAUCUACGAUGUCUCGAGGUCCAGGAUGUUCUAUGGACCUGGUGGACCUUAUGCCUUAUUUGCGGGGAGGGAUGCAAGCCGAGCUCUAGCACUCAUGUCCUUUGAUCCAAACGACCUCACUGGAAACCUCGAAGGUUUAAGCUCAUCAGAGUUGGAAGUUUUGCAAGACUGGGAAUACAAAUUCAUGGAGAAGUAUGUUAAGGUCGGCCAACUUGUUUCUGAUGAAACUGACGUUAAGGAAGUUGAUCCAAGCAAGGAGGAAACUGAAGGGCUGCACUCUUCCGAAAGAGACGCCGAGGUUGCUAAAACGAAAAACAACAAUAUUAAUCAAAGCCAUGACGAAACUGAAGAGGUCCAGGCUUCAGAGAAAGGUACAGAUGAGAGCUAAAUAAAAGAAGAAAACACUGCAACACCUCUGUCUAUGCUGUAUUGAGAUUUGAGAGUAUGUGAUCUUGUAAUUAACCUAUGACAUAAUUUGCAACCAUAGCACUUUUGGUUGGAAAUAUAGUAAGGCCGUGUAUAUUAUGAUGUUGAGCACUGAGACAUCUCAUCCAUAGUGGGUUUGUCUCUGGCGCUAUGUGAUUCCCAUUGGUUUUGCAUGAUGCUGAUCCUUAGGUGUUGAGUGUACUUGGUUCGUAAUCAAAAUAUGGUGGUUUAUGUUGA